AGUCACUUUUCAACAACAAAUCACGCACAAACAAUCUUUAAAUAUUAACUUUGAGAGAUUUAUUUACAAUAUUUAGUUCAUUAAUAAAGAAACUUAAAACACAAUCGAUGUUACUUUAGUAGUUUUAGAUUAAAACAAAUCAACAACGACUGAUUAAAACUUCAUUUCGUUGAUUACACAAACAGAACAAUAAAAGAUUUACCUAAUGGAGGAAAAGACAAUAGUGGUGAUUGAUUUAACAGAAGAUGACUUGGAAGUUUCUAAUGAAACAACCAGUAAAACAUCAGACAAGGCUGAAUCUUCUGCUGCUUCUGCAAACAAUAUCAAUUCUAAUGUGCCGAAACCAAAGAAAGCUUUUGAAAUAUGUUUUGAUGCCAGUAAUAAUGAAAAUGUUGUGAUAAAGGAAGUGGAAACACAUGAAGAAACUAACAAGAUUGUAGUCCCGCCUCCCAAAGUAUCAAAAACUUUGGUUUUAAAUGGAUUAACAAUCGAAAUAAUGGAUAAUAAAACCACGAUUGAUGUCAAUAAAAGACCUGGUAAAACUGAGCCGUCGGAAACGAAAGAAAAUGCUAAUAAUCCAUCAAAGAAAACGAAGAAGCUCAUAACUUUCAAUGGUCCUGGUAGAAAUCUACGAAAACCAAAACUGCCAUCGUGUGUAGCAACUCCAAAUGGUUGUAAUAUUGAAGUAACUAAGAUGGAAGAAAAAAUAAAAAAUCCAAAUGAACCUUUCGUCAUGUAUUUCGAUUAUAAUCCUAGAAGGGUUGACGCGAUAUCGGAAAGGAUGUCUCAAGAGCAUCCUCAACAAAUUUAUGCAACACGUUUAGAGAAAUUGCGAACAGAAAUUAAGGUACAUGAAGUGAAAAUAGAUAAAAACCAGGAAGCGCUUAAAAAUUGCUUCUAUAUUGCUUCAACAAGUGGUCCAAAGAUCAUCGAACCAAUAUUUGUUGAUAAUUUUAUUAAAAUCGUAAAAGAUGACACAAAACAAACCAAAGGUCCAAUUAAUGAAGAAGGCGCUGCAGGACUUUGGGCAUUAAAUGAUCAACCUGGUUGUUCUAAAGAUAGUCAGCCGACGAAAUCAAAUCCACCGCCAGUUACUGAAGAAGAUUGGAAGGUUUUUAAGAAAUUUAUGGAUCCACUUCCAACCCCAAAAUCAUACAAGGAACUUCUCAUAUUGAAUGGAAGAUCAUUGCUGCCAAAUAAAGAAGAUUUUGUUUGUUCAUUGUGUGAAGACUACGUGUUCAAAGAUCAAGGCGUGUUACUUAAAGGAUGUUUGCAUGAGUUUUGUAAAAUGUGCUUAAUCUACGAGAUUGAACACAAUCACGAUUUAAUGGGCGACGUUAAGUGUCCAUUCAAGAGUAAUAAUAAUUGUGAAAGCAAACUCGAGGAUGAAGAAAUCAAAGCUUUAUUAGGUGAAUUGUACAAAGAUUUCUCUGCAAAAGUGAUGAGAAAUCUUCAAGAUGAAUACAACAAAACUGAGAGAGAAGAAGCAGCUGCAAAAGAUCCAAUCGUUCCACUUCUUAUGAAUGAAGAAACUUUGAAAUAUUUCGAGAAUUAUGAGGCAUUUGAAUGUGGAAUUUGUAUGGAUAACAUUGACAUUGGAUAUGGAGUGAUGCUUAAAAAUUGUCUUCAUAAAUUCUGCAAAGAAUGCAUCACUGGAUCGAUUGUGAAUUCUGAUGAAUAUCAAGUGAAGUGCAGUGAAAUUGAAUGCAAAGCUUUUCUUCAAGAUUGUGAAAUUCGAAGUUUAGUCACACCAGAAGAUUAUGAAAAACAUCUUGAAAAGUCUUUGAAGGUUUUUGAAAGCACGUCUCAAAAUGUUUAUCAUUGCAAAACUCCUGAUUGUCGUGGAUUUAUUGAAGUUGACAGACAUCUUCGUGGAUUUCCUUGUCCGGUUUGCAUGAGAGUCAACUGCAUCAGUUGUAAAACAAUUCAUCAGGGUAAAAAUUGUCAACAAUAUCAAGAUGAGAUUGAUCCAAAUGGGAGACAACAACGUGAAAAUAAUGCAACAGAAGAUUAUAUGAGAAAUUUGGUGGCAGUUGGUGAUGCUAUGUGGUGUCCAAAAUGUGGAAUUGGUGUGAUGAAAGUUAGUGGCUGUGAUUUCGUGACAUGCACAUCAUGUAAACUUGGAAUUUGCUGGGUGAAAAAGAAGCCGAGACAGCCUUUUAUGAACUCAGAUGGAAGAAUCAUUGAUGGCUGUCAUUGCAGAGAAAAAGGCGACCGACAACGUUGUCACCCAAAAUGUAAUUUUUGUCAUUAAAUUGCAUUCGUUAAUCAUUUAAAAUAUUUCGUAAAUAUAUUUAGUCGAGCUCACAAUCAAAUACCAUGACUUUAUAAUAUUUUUAAAACAUAAAAUUGUUCCAGUCUGUCAAUUAGCUUUAAGCCGGCGAAAUAAAAUCAAAUAUUAAUUUAGCGACAGG